UGUCUGCCCAGACUUGCGAUCGUGAGGUUGACAAUGCUCACGGAGAGAUGCCUGGGAUUGCUAUACUGUGGCUUGUAUCUCUGGGCAUCUUUGUUUCUCUCUUUUUUGAAAGUCUCCCAGCAAGGUGAAAACCAAAGACGGCUAUAUCGAGAACUACUGAAAAAUUACAAUCGAUUGGAACGGCCUGUUGUGAAUGACUCACAACCCCUUGUAGUAGAACUGCAACUUUCAUUGCUGCAGAUAAUUGAUGUGGAUGAAAAGAACCAGGUCUUGAUAACAAAUGCGUGGCUACAGAUGUCCUGGAUCGAUGCAUAUUUGUCAUGGGAUCAGUAUGAAUAUCCAGGAGUUCAGAAUCUGAGAUUUCCAGCUGAUCAGAUUUGGGUGCCAGAUAUUCUUCUGUACAACAGUGCAGAUGAAAGAUUUGAUGCAACAUUUCAUACAAAUGUUUUGGUAAACUAUUCGGGAUCAUGUCAGUAUAUACCUCCAGGUAUUUUGAAGAGCACAUGUUACAUUGAUGUCCGCUGGUUUCCUUUUGAUGUGCAGAAAUGCAAUUUGAAAUUUGGUUCAUGGACACACAAUGGCUGGCUGCUUGAUCUGCAGAUGCUGGAAGCUGAUAUUUCCAAUUACAUAUCAAAUGGUGAAUGGGAUUUAGUGGGUGUCCCAGGCAAAAGGAAUGAGCUGUAUUACGAGUGCUGCAAAGAGCCAUACCCAGAUGUGACUUACACUGUCACAAUGCGUCGUCGCACCCUCUACUAUGGGUUGAACUUACUGAUUCCCUGCGUCCUUAUAUCAGGCUUAGCUUUGCUUGUUUUCUUACUUCCAGCUGACUCUGGAGAAAAAAUAUCUUUGGGUAUUACUGUUCUUCUGUCCUUGACCGUUUUUAUGCUCCUUGUAGCAGAAAUAAUGCCUGCCACAUCAGAUUCGGUUCCCUUAAUAGCUCAGUAUUUUGCAAGCAUCAUGGUCAUUGUUGGCUUAUCUGUAGUAGUAACAGUCUUGGUGCUUCAGUUUCAUCAUCAUGACCCUCAAGCAGGAAAGAUGCCCCAGUGGGUCCGGGUCAUCUUGCUGAACUGGUGUGCUUGGUUUCUGAGAAUGAAGAAACCAGGGGAGCACAUCAGGCCUCUCUCUUGCAGGUACGGCCACUCAAGGCACCAGUCCAGCGUCAGCAGCGUAGAAAUGAACAUCUUACCAGGACACCAGUCUAGCAACGGCAACAUGAUCUACAGCUACCAUGCCAUGGAAAAUCCCUGCUGCCCACAGAAUCAUGAGAUAGACGCCAAGGGCGGAAGGGGCCAGAGCUCUUCACCUGAAGAUAAUGACAGUACGCAGAGAAAAGUUUUAAUGGACACCAUCCCAGUGAUUGUGAAAAUCCUGGAAGAGGUUCAGUUCAUUGCAGCCCGUUUCAGAAAACAGGAUGAAGGGGAAGAGGUCUGCAGUGAAUGGAAGUUUGCAGCUGCUGUCAUAGACAGAUUGUGCCUUGUGGCAUUUUCACUUUUUGCCAUCAUCUGCACGCUCACGAUUCUAAUGUCUGCUCCAAAUUUUAUUGAAGCUGUUACAAAAGAUUUCACAUAAGGAUUUCAGAAAUGAACAGAAGAAUGCUCCAGUGUAAUUGGAAAUUAUGAAAUGAUGCCAUUAAUUUCAAAGAACAAUGAGAUUUAAAAUGAGAUUUAAAAUUUAAAAUAACAGACUUUCUGAGCUGAAUUCAAUAUAAAAAAAGUCGGCAUGUGUUUCAAAUUCCAAUUGUCUCCCCAGUGUUAGAUAUAGCUACAGAAUUCAGUAUUUGGCUCUGUUAUUUGUUUCUAAAUAGUGUCUUCUCCCUAUACUUGUGAUCAUAAUCACUGAUAAUAUUAGACAAGAAAUCAGAUACACAGCAUAACUUUCCUGAGUAAAUAGAACAUAUAAAUGGUACUAGGAAACACUAGUGAACAUGUUGCUGCAUUGGUAAAUUCUUCCUAGAAACAUGAUCUUUGCUAAAUGUAUCAUUUUCAAUAUUUUUGUUUGGCAUCUUUGUUUAACACAGAUUUCAUCUACAGUAAUGUAUUGAAUGUUAGUUGCUGUUUGCCAAAUAAAUGGCAAGUUUUAGCUUUUAUUAUCACUGUGAUAAUCUGAAACAUUCUCCACUUGAUAACAAUGUGAAGUCAGUGCAAUACUCUUUUUCUAAUAAGUUAAAAUGUUUUCAUUGUUGAAUAUUCUGUUUUUCUAUUACAUAAAUUACAUUCUUUCCCUAACUUGA